AUGGAGCUGGUGUUUCUGUUUGCAGUCGCCCCACUGGGCCAUGCAGCGGACCCCAAAGCUCAGCCGGAGGGCUGCGAGGUACUUGCCAUCAUCGCCUGCUUGGCGGCAGAGGUGGCACGGGCCUCAUCACCAAUCAUCGAGUUUCUGGUGGAUGGAGAUUGUGGGAGCAUUGAACUCGUCAAGCAUGCAAUAAGCCGUUUGAAGAACAUUGGCGGCCAUGUUCGCACACAAAUUUUCGCGGAACCCCGGCGAACUGAAAACAAGAAGUGGUGUGAGUUUCUGGAAGAGCCUGGCAUCACAUUCCGACCAGUUCCUCGUUCGAAAGAUCACUCGAGAGAGCCCAAUGACGAGGCGAUCGAAACUGCGAUGCAGAAGCUUUCCACACGUCGUGCUGUACAUCGCAUUGCCUUGUUGACCCGAGAUACAGAUUUUAUAAGUAUCAUGCUGAAGCUGGCGGACACAAACCCCAGCUAUUUGGUGCUGGUUCCUGAGUCCGAUCUUGGUGUGGCAGCAAAAUACCAAGAAAAUGGACUUGAAGUCUUGGAGUUGAAACACAGUGACGGCCAUCCACGUGUUCAAGCAAUCCUUCAUGAAGAUGGAGCUGGUUCAGUGCAACUUUCAGAUCCCUUUACAGGAGACGGACCAAGCGUUCAGCAGAAGUUUCAGCGGGUGAAAUCAUUCCUUGAAGAUUUGGGAUAUUCGGGGCACCCCAGACAAGCGUGCACCAAGUUCUGGUUUGUCAAUGGUUUAGGACGACUCAUUGUUUACCCCACUCCGACUUUGACACUUGCAGUGCACAAAAGAAUCAAGGCUUCCAAGACCGCAUCUUGGCAAAGGAAUUCUGAUCAGUUGGCCUUUCUGUUGCCAACUCACGGAGGUAGAGGAGCCACUGAUGCCACACGAAUGACAUAUGGAAAUACAUUCGCACGUGCGAUUUUUAGAGGCGGCGGACCUUUUAUCUUGAAAGAUUCCAAAGACCUGACGAUUCAAGCAUUGAAGCGGCUUCGCUACCUCGAUGAAUGGAACCCUGACGAAUAUGAAGCCAUGCUGUGUUUUGUCAAUACAGCUUGCAACAAGUAUGUGUUGCGGAAGAUGGACCUGCUGCCCGAGGCUUCUGACUGCAGCCGGGAUGUCGAAGAGAAACUGCGCGCCGCAUUUCUUUCCAGUGCAUACCCGGGCGAGUGGCAACAGCCAGCAGCAGCUGCAAACCAAAUGAAGAGCAUCAUUGGCAUACUCAAGAAUGCAGGCCUCCUUUCAGAGAAGAAGGAAACGAGCGGAGAAUACUGCCAUGGAUAUUCAAAAGAUGAGAUCUCUCAAGCGCUGAGCAUCUAUGCACGAGAGCAGCAGCUCCCUCCUUGCAAGACCUUCAACUGUGCUUCGGCCGCCCACGACGCCUCGUGCGCCGUCCGCUUGGCCGCCGCGCGCGCACUGGGCCACGCGCUCCGGGAGGGGGGCACGAACGGCACGCGAUGGCGGUCAGUGCACGCGGAGAUCUGCUCCGAAGUGGCGGUGCACCUCAACGAGUCCUGGGGAAAUCCUGCCACAGGUGGCAUUCUUGAGGAUUUGCAGCACUUCUUCUUCGACGACGUGAAGAACAAAGGGCGUUUGCUGCUGGAGGCCUUGGCCUCGGCGCAGCGCUUCGGCGCGUCGAAGCUGCUGCCGAACGUGCUGAAGGCAUUGAAGCGCAAGCGGCCGGC